AAUAGAGUUUCUUUCUGUUCUUUUUUUGAAAUUAACUAAUUUUCAAUACGUACGUUCAAAUUUAUCUUCCUGGUUUCUUUUCAGCCUUUUUCUCGAUAUUUCAUUUCCACCACGAAAAUUCGUUUCAUGUUGUGUACUCGGCUGGAAUGAGAUUGUGACAUACGAUUCAAAUUGAAUGGUUUUUAAGCCCGACAUGAACUGAAUAAUCAAUAUGUAAAGUGAAUUUCACAACUUGUUAUUUCGUGUUUGGUGAACAUUUCUUUGAUAUUAAUAGCUCGGACAUCUAAUCACAAAAUACAGCCCUUGUUCCAAAAGGUAUCGCGAAAUCGGUGUUUGUUUUGGUUGAAAAACUCGUUGCAAUGUCGCAAAACAGUUCAUUAUCUAACCGAACUCUGAAUUCAGUCUUGAAGGAAGACAAACUCAAUAAAAAACAUGAUUUGAAUGCGGUUACUAAAAGAUUACAAUCCGAAUUGAUGACGCUAAUGACUGCUGGAGAAAAAAGCGUUUCAGCAUUCCCAGAUGGUGAAAAUUUGUUUUAUUGGGUCGCCACUAUUAUGGGUCCACUAGAUACGGUUUACGAAGGAUUAACGUACAAAUUGAGAUUAGAAUUUCCACACACAUAUCCGUAUACGGCUCCUGUUGUUCGUUUCACGACACCGUGCUUCCAUCCGAAUGUCGACAAUAACGGUAAUAUUUGUCUGGACAUAUUGAAAGAAAAAUGGUCAGCUUUGUACGACGUUCGCACUAUAUUAAUUUCAAUUCAGUCGCUACUUGGAGAACCAAACAAUGACAGUCCGCUGAACGAAGACGCAGCUACGAUGUGGUCGAAUCCGAAAGAAUUCAGAAAGCAUUUACAAGAGAUUCAUAAAAAACAAGCGUCGUCUUAAAAUCAAGUGUUGUAAUAUUUGUAACCGCGUUUAUUAAUGAACUACGAAGCGUCUAUGUUACGCGUUUUGCCAACAGUCUGUACUUUUUAUUAUUUUUUUUCUCGUGUUUUCCAUUUUAUGUAGAAGAAUUUUAGUUCUCGUCGUUUGUAUAAACAUAGCUUUAAAUUUGUAAGGAUAAAAAAAUUCAAACGAUUCGUCAAAUUUACCAUGUUAUUAAUUCUGUAAACUGUAAUAUUUGUACUACCGGACGAUGUCUCUUUAUGUAAUUCAAUUUGUGGUUAAUUCUGUAUUCCGUACUCGCUACAAAUUUAAUAUUUAUCGAAUAUUUCGCAUUCGUACACGAUUGUUUUUUUUAUAUAUAUAAAUUUUCAAAGUAUGUCUUACAUGAAUGAUUUUUAAUAAGAUUGAUUUGAAUUUUUUCAA